AUGGAUGGUGAACCUUCAGCCCAGCGCCCUGGUGGCCGAGCUCGCAGUGCGUGUGACCUGUGCCGUCGCAAAAAGAUUCGCUGUGACAACGCCCAACCAGCCUGUGAGACAUGCUCUUUUGGGGGUGUGCAAUGCACCUAUACAGAGCACCCUAGCCUGCUGCGGAAAAGCCUCCGAGAUCAACUCCUCGAUGCCAGAGCACGCAUAAGAGAACUAGAAACCCAGCUGACUGUGCGGGAACUCUCGCCUGAUUCAGGCCAGAGAGAGCAUGGUACUUCCAACGAACGAUCGGCAACUACACGGCUCCCUUUGUUCGCUGUGGACUAUCUUCCAAACACACACAGCAUAGACGCGUCGCUUGCAACGUUUCAAGCAGAGAUCGCCCAUUGUGGAGUGGGAGAACCUGGCUCCACCAAAAGAGCGUCCUUUUUCUCCACAGUCUACCAGAAAACGGGGGCUCAGCUUGAUCUCGAUCAUUUCCUAGCUUCUGCUGCACGAUCGCUCGGAUUCCGGGGGCCUCAGAGCAGGUUGGGCUUGAAUCGCUCGCUGUCGCCAACGUGGCCCCCCAAGCCUUUGGUACAAUACUCAAUCAAUUAUUACUCCCGAAGCGGAUUGUACUCCAUCUUUCCGGUUGCGAACGCCGAUGCGCUGAGUCAAUUGAUUGAAGCGGGUGUACUAGAUCAUCAAGAUGACACUGUCUCUGCUUCAAACUUGGCCUGCUUGUCUGCAUUCACUGCAACGAUGAGUGUGAUGCAUCGACUCGGCCCGGAAUUCGUCAAUGCUGAACCAGAUGCCUACAUACAGGCGGCGCUGGGCCUCCUCCCUAGGCUGUUGAUGGAAACGCCCACUGUUAGAAGCUUGGAAGCUGUUGUGCUGAUCAUGACCUAUGUCAUGCCCAGUGGGAAAAUUGAACCCGGGCAACUGCUACUGUCUCUAGCUACUCGAAUGAUUCUCACUCUUGGUGCGCAUCGAAUGUCUGUAAUCAGCCAGCCAGAAGGCAGGCAUCUCCGGGCCCUGUUCUGGUUCUGUUACGGGGCUGAUAAGAACAUGAUCACACGGUAUAAUCAAUCACCGCAUUUCACUGACGAGGACUGCGACCUCCAAAUACCAGACAAUUAUGUCUUGUCAUCAUCGGACAAUCAAUUCUUCUCGAGGCCUCUUUCCAACAAUGAGCUACUCUUUCCUUCUGACGUCCGACUUUCACUGCUCAAAUCAAAAGUGUACCACCUUCUCUACUCCCGCCACGCUCGAGCCCUGCCUGAGGCCCGUCGCCUUCAGUAUAUCCGGGAAUUAGAUCAGGAGCUUAACGACCUGAAAUGCACAUUCCCCGCUAGUUGCUGGCCGGACCUAUUUGCAACACCGUCCGCUCCCAACUACACUUUCCAUGACCUGAGUAUGCGUGGGGUGUGCCUGCACCUGGAGUUUUACUUUUUACUAGGCAAGAUCCACGACGCCAGUCCGUCGUUGAAGAGUAAUAGCAAUAGUUCCAGCUGGUCCAUUCUUCCAUCUAGUGCCGAGCUGUUCCAUCAGGAAUCUCGGUCUAUUCUAAUAUACAUACGUCAUGUUCGUGAGUUUCUGAACUGGCAUACUUUCUGGAUCUAUGCCCAGUUCUUGCUGACAGGUGUCUUCUCCCUUUUCAAGUGUAUCAUCAGUUAUCCUACCGCGUCUUCAUAUGAGAACGAUAUACAGCUCCUGCAGAGCUUAGUGGACAUGUUCGCUGAAUUAGAUCAUAAGGAGUCAGCAAGCACGAGGGGACAUGCCCUGGCCGUGUGUCUGCUGCCGCCAUGCUGGUCGCAAAUGGGAGACCACCGAUCGGCAAGUUUAUCGCUGUCGGCAGGACUACGCACACAGCGCGUCUCUAGCAUUGAGAUUCAAAACUCUGGGACAGCACAAGCGUGCAACAUCUCACAUGGCUCUACCCUGCCACGCUUAAAUGUAAUCUACCCGGAAGGAACACAACUGGGCGAAACUACCUUUUCCAUCGAUCUUGCUCAGCGUAUUUGUAAUGAGGAAGAAAUUGGACGCGUUCUAACGGACGCCACUCUUCCGGGAGAUGUGGUUGCUUCUAAUCCCCUUGGCGACCUUAUGUGGCGCCUUCAGAGGAUCAAAUUACGCUCAUAG